AUGCCUAUCAACCAGCCCUCAAAUCAGAUCAAACUGACCAAUGUCUCCCUUGUGCGACUGAAGAAAGCCAAAAAGCGCUUUGAAAUCGCAUGCUAUAAGAACAAGGUCCUCGAAUGGCGCUCAGGAAUCGAGACAGACCUUGACAACGUCCUACAGAUCAACUCCGUCUUCCUAAAUGUAUCCAAAGGACAAACAGCGCCUUCCGCGGAUCUGGCCAAAGCUUUCGGCGCAAAGACCUCUGUGAACGAUAUUAUCCUCGAAAUUUUGAACAAGGGAGAGUUACAAGUAGGAGAGAAAGAGAGACACGCACAGCUAGAGCGGGUACACAAUGAGGUCGUUAGUAUUGUUGCAAGCAAGCUGGUGGACCCGAAGACGAAGAGAGUUUAUACUACGGGUAUGAUCGACAAAGCACUGGAUAUGCUGAGUUCCCAAGGGUCACAGGCUCAGCAAGAAAAGAGUGCCGGAAGUGGAGCUGGAACGCCUGCUACUGGUGAGGAAGGAGAAGCAAAACUGAAGACGAAAGAACAUAUCUGGACUGGGGUGGUUGCUACGAAGAGUGCAAAAAGUCAAGCACUUGAAGCGAUGAAAGCUUUGAUUGCUCAUCAGCCUAUUCCUGUGGCUAGAGCGAGGAUGAGGUUACGCAUUACAUGUCCUACGAGCAUCUUGAAGCAGGCUGCUAGAACUGCUGGUCCAAAGGCUGGAGUAGAUGCAGAAGAUGGCGAGGAAAAGGCAAAAGGCACUGUCAAGGACCGGAUCUUGAGCUUCAUAGAGCAGAUAGAAACGCAGGAUGUCGUAGGUUCUGAGUGGGAGGUCACAGGAUUCGUUGAACCAGGUGCAUUCAAGGGCUUAGGGGACUUCAUUGGUGGAGAGACAAAAGGUCAAGGACGAGUAGAAGUGCUCGACAUGGCGGUUACUCAUGAGGAUUAG